AUGAUUUCGGGCAAUGCCCGCAGUGAAGCACCUGCGGGCAAGGUACAUCAAUCCCGGACAAACAGCAACGAGAAGACAUAUGAAAUCUACGACUACAUCAAACAAAAGUGUAUUCCACUGUCGAAGACAAUGGCAAUUCAAGCAAGAAACAAACCUGAGGACUAUCCUGGGGUUGUCGAACAAGGAUUAGAGCUUGCGGAAUUUAACAACGAGGGUCGGUGCAUCUCCUGCAGCAAUAGAGAUAUUAGCAAGGAGGUUAAGGCAUUGAAAGUGUCUGCCGCCACCUUAGCCACCUCGAGGGAUCACAUCCCUCGUCUGAGCUGUGGAUGCUUGCUGGACCUUGCAUCUUUGGAGCUAUGGAUGGUCAAGAUUACAGCCGAACUUGAGGAAAUCCCCCAGCGUGGCGCUUCUAACACGAAGUCGGCUUCAUUCAAUUUCUCUGAAGAAAAUCUAAAGAUGAUAGCAGGCGUCAUCCAAAGUCUCACAGGAUUGGGUCUGCCGGAUCUACUUGCCCCAAAGGAGCAACGUCUUGCACGUACGGCAGCCUACUCGUUGCGUGAAUUGGACAGGGCUUUUGGGAUAAAUGGAGAUGAAGAGGGAGGCUUUCUUGGUUGUUAUAAGCAAUUGGACGCUACUGUUACAAAACUUGUUGAUCGUAACAAGCUUAGAAGUAUUGAGUAA